AUGCCUGCCAAAGAUGAGAGUAAAGAGUACAUGAAGCUCUUUGCAGGGAAAAAGGAAGGAAAUUAUCUUUACAAACCCCUGAGAUACGAAGAAAAUCUGCAAGAGAAGGGUUAUACCCCCCUCAGCCGCUCUCUGUCGGCUAGGCACUCGGAUGGUUGUCUUUGGAACACCAGGUCCGCAGAGAGCGAGUCUGAACAGAGCUAUCGUGGAAAGGCGGGUGCUUCUGCUGCCGCAGCAGGUGCCCCAGUCGAAGCGUCCGGUGAAUUGAAGUACAAGACAGGCUCGAAGGGAAAGGCAGCGCUCAUUGCCGACGGUCUAGUCAAGAUCGAGAAGUAUGUGCACCCCUUCGGCGGUCCGAUUCAAAAAUGGGUCCGGGACAACGCAGACAAGCUCCUCGAUGAAUGCGGAGACGAGGCCAGAGAGCACGGACUUGUUGCGGUCCAGUCUGUUUGGUUGACUGAUUCAUGCGCCAUUACUAUGUCUAAUGGCAGCGAUCGCGACAUUGACACAGCGCUGGACUUAGGCGCGACUGGGUUCGGCAAGAUCGGCGGUGGCGUUGCUUUUAUUGAAAAGCUCUCGACUGAAGGAUGGACGACAUAUACUUCGCAACCUGGCUCCAAGGGACGCGUUGUCUCAUACAACGGCCUCAAGUUCAGGCCACGGAGAAAGACCAAGUGGUUCUCUUCUAACCCGUUCCGGGAAGUGGCGAUCACCGAGACGAUCACGUUCGGACCUCGCUCGACGAUCAUGCGACCUGUUUUGGAUAAUGAAGGAAACAUCAUCGAAUUUGAGCUGGUCAAGCGUGUCAUGAACAGCGAAGAUCAGUACGAAUUCCAUAAGGUUCCACAAGAGAAAGAGCCCGAUAACCAGGAGACCGCCGAAGAAGAGGGCUUCCCCGUGGAAGUCAACGAAGUCGAAUGUGAGGGUAUGUCGGAAGAGGACAUCGAGGCAGAGAAGCAGUAUCAAGAAGAAGAAAAGCAAAAGCAGGAACAACUGAUGGUGAAGGAGUGGGAGGAGUUCCUGAAAGAGACCGAGACUAUGAACCAACAGCUGCGUGAGGGAAAAGAAUAG